AUGGGAACGGGGCUGGAUGUCCUAGGCUCCCAGCCGAUUAACUCCCGUCGCCCGGCUGCACCGACGCUGCCCAGCUUUGAACUCCCCCCGCCGCCCUUCGGCCUGGCGAGUGCCAUCACGCCCAAAUACUCGCAACACCCGAAUCAACCACCCUCCUCGCAUCCCCCAGCGAACGUGAGCGUGGGGAACUUGUUGACUCCGCCUGCGACCAAUCAGUCGGGGGAAUCCGGCACGGUUUCUCACACAUUGGCCGUCUCAACCGGCGUCUCCUCAGACCUGCCACCGGCGUAUUGGUCGGGAACCACUCCAUACGGAGCGCCAGGAGCCACGCAUGCCCAGUGGGCAUCGGGGGUCAAUUCCGCGUAUUCCGCACGCAGUUCAUUCUCUCCGUCCGGGCUGGCUCGUUCUGGGCCUGUGACCUCUCCUCCAACAACAGACGGGCUGUCUCAGCCGUUUGAGGCGCCUCCGAUGGCGUCCUUCCCGCAAGCCCUACCCGCGCCACCCUCGACCAUUCCCCCGGGUUCGCACUCUGUCUCCAUGGGCCUUUAUCACCCCGGCCCCGCCACCUCCCCUGCACCCCUGCCACACAAUGACCCUUACAACCAGAAAUUGCACUCCCUCUAUGGCGCUCCUCCCGCUCAUCAGACCGGGUUCUCCCCCAUGUACGGCGGACCUGCUCCCAUCGGUUCCGCCGGGCUGGGAAUCCACCCCGGGGCGCGCAUGCAUGCACAAAGUCCCGGCGGACAGCCGCCGUUGGCAUACCCCCGUCAGCCAUGGCCCUCAUAUUCCCUGCCCGCCAUGAACGGUCCCGUCAUGACCAACGUCCAUAGUCCCAACAGCCCCAUGUCGAUGAUGGGUGGCAUGCAGCCUGGUCUGUUGCCCGGCUUCAACAGUGGACAUGUCGCCAAUACCCAGCAUAUGUAUGGCGCCCAUCCCGCCACUCAUGGCCUUCCGGGCCCGGCCGCCGACCGACCGUUCAAGUGCGACCAAUGCCCCCAGAGCUUCAACCGCAAUCAUGACUUGAAGCGUCAUAAGCGGAUUCAUCUGGCGGUAAAGCCUUUCCCUUGCGCUCACUGCGACAAGAGCUUCUCGCGCAAGGAUGCAUUGAAGCGACACAUUCUCGUGAAAGGCUGCGGCAAAGACGGCGACUCGGAUGCCACCAGCAACCAGACUGGCACCGAUGGGACCGUCAAGGGCGAAGGCCGAAGCGAAGACGGUAGCCCCGUGAUGAACGGGCGCACCUAG